AUGUCGCCGCGCCCUGUCUCUUCUUCUUCUUCUUCUUUCUCCGUGGCCGUGAAGUACUCAUCACGCCGCGCUCAAAGUCCAAGAGUUCCCGGGAAAAAAAGAUUACGUCACGCUCCGAAAGCGUCUACGAAUACCACCGGCGGCGGCGGCGACGACGACGACAAAAGCGGUGAAGAAGACGCGACGAUGAGAAACACGACCAUCCCGGCGGAGUUUACGGAUUCAAAGGAGGAGGAGGCCACCACCACCGCUAACAACAUGAACGCGGGGGUGAAAAGCCCAUACGAAAAAUACCGGUUGGCCUCUCCGAUAACGUUCGAGCGUUUAGAAACGGAGAAAGACCGACGAAAGUAUCCGAUGAACGAAGACGGGUACUUCGACUUGGUCGCGAAGAACGACGUGCCUUCGUUGGAUAAGUUGAUCAGGGACUUAAGUCCGGAACCGUUUAAACGUUUAAUACCGACAUCGAACUUACCGGGCGAGGCGUUGUUUGAGAGUCCGUUGGUCUCGUUCGCGUACGAGAGAGGGUGGAGAGAUAAUUUUAAGAGAAGCGGGUUUCCGGGCGUAGAAGUCGAGAAGGAAAAUGCAAUGGAGGCACUCGGUGAAGAUGCAGUUGGUGAUGUGAUUAUUGACUGCUCCUGUGGCUCAGGGUUGUUCACGAGAGAGUUUGCGAGGAGCGGCAAGUACGACGGCAUCGUCGCUUUGGAUUUUAGCGAGAGUAUGAUAAAAGAAGCGAUGGAGCGCGCACAAAAAGAUACGAGCGUACCGGCGGAUAAGAUUGCAUUCGUAAGAGCGGAUGUUGGACGAUUGCCGUUUGCGAACGAUAGCAUUGGUGGUGUCUCUGCCUCGGCGGCGAUUCAUUGCUGGCCGGACGUCCAGAGCGCGUGCGCUGAAAUCUUCCGCGUGUUGAAACCAGGGAGAAUAUUCACGGGGACGACGUUUGCGACGCCAAACGUGCCAUUUUUGGACGACGACCAGAACAGAUUGUUGAGCACGUUAUCGAGAGACUUAUCUGCGAGCAGACCUGGGACGAACGGGUUACGAUUUUGGAACUCGGCGGAUUUACGGGACCAGUUACAAUCAAUCGGGUUCUCGGAUGUGACGAUUUUACGAGAGAAGGACUACUUGUUCUGGAAAGCGCGAAAGCCGUGA